AAUUCAUUUUUUUUCCUGCUUGAAGCAUCAUGCCUCGCUAGCAAUGCGAAACACAUUCGCCCAGGAUAACGUUAGGCUGCCGGUGUCGGAUUACUGUGCUGUGUGGUACAUCCGUGCCCUGCCCAGCGGCGUCUGUUGUAUCAUUUUCGCAUUAUGAGUGAUCAUUAUGUAAAAGUAAAGGUCCAGCUCGAGCAGAUGAAGUCGUCCGGGGAGGAUGCAGGGAAGGAGGGUGUAGAAGGUAUGGAAGAACAGGUGCCAGUGUCAUCCCCGCCUGCCUCUGUGUCACCGCUCCCUCCCAGCAUCACCAUAGCAGGGGGAGAUCCAGCCAAGACCCCCAUCAUUUGCAAACAUAGGAGUAAAAGUCGUUCUAAACCGGGUAAAGAUGACAAAAAUUCUUGUGGCAAACACAACUCCGACCUAGCACUGCAUGGUUCUGUAGUUAGCGGGCAUAUGGGUAAGAACUUGUACCGAGUAGGGCAUGAACGAACACUUGGAAAGACAAAUAGAAAGAUGCAGCAGGGCAAUCCCGAGACUAAUGGUAACUUUGCGCCUGGCCAUCGACACAGAGACAUGAAAGACACACGCCGUGAGGAGGGGCUCAGGCUGGGGAGGAAAAGAAGACCAGUGACAGUGGAUACCUCCAAAGCCAAAACAUCUCUGGAGGCUCUGAAGCUAAGCAUCAAGCAGCUAAAAUGGAAAGAGUUUCCUCUGGGACGACGGACAGCCUGUGAUAUCUACUGGCAUGGUGUAUCCUUCCAUGACAACGAGAAUAUCGUCUCAGGGCAGGUCAACAAGUUCCCAGGUAUGAUUGAAAUGCUGAGGAAGAUCAACCUAAGCCGGGCAGUAAGGACCAUGCAGGAGCUCUUCCCAGAGGAGUAUGACUUCUAUCCCCGCUCUUGGAUCCUGCCUGAGGAGUACCAGCAAUUCUCUGCACAGAUUCGCAUGGUUAAAGAAAAUGAUUCUACCGUGAAUCCCACCUUCAUCGUCAAGCCAGAUGGUGGCUCUCAGGGGGAUGGCAUCUACCUCAUCCGUGAUCCUAGUGACCUAAAGCUCAUGGCCGGCUCACAGACUAAGCAGGCUGUAGUGCAGGAAUAUAUCCAGAGGCCGUUGCUCAUUGACAAACUCAAGUUUGAUAUCCGCCUCUACGUGCUAGUCAAGUCCAUGGAGCCAUUAGAAAUCUACAUUGCCAAGGAGGGCCUGACACGUUUUUGCACCGAGCCCUACCAGGAACCUAGCCAGAAGAAUCUGAGCCACGUCUUCAUGCACCUGACCAACUACUCGCUCAACGUCCACAGUGGCAAGUUUGUUCACUCGGACAGCCAGAGCACAGGCAGCAAGCGCACCCUUUCCAGUGUGCUCUACCGUUUAGCUGCUAAAGGUGUGGACAUCAAGAAGGUGUGGUCCGACAUAAUUUCUCUCGUCAUCAAAACAGUCAUUGCUGUGGUGCCUGAGCUAAAGGUCUACUACCAGGCUGAUAUACCACCUGGCAAACCAGGACCCACCUGCUUUCAGAUCUUGGGCUUUGAUAUCCUGCUGAUGAAGAACCUGAAACCAGUAUUACUAGAGGUGAACUCCAACCCCAGCAUGAGGAUAGAACAUGAACAGGAGGUUGCACCAGGGGUUUUUGAAUAUGUUCCCAGUCCAGUGGAUGAAGAUGUUAAAGUGGGCGUGAUUAGGGACACUCUACGCCUUAUGGACCCUGGUCACAACAAACCAUCAAUCUUCAAACCGAGAGCUGGGUCCGUGAAUGUGGAGGACAUUCUGAUGGAUCCAGUAUCACAGGAGAGGGGCCAGGAUGACGGAGGAGCUCUACCUUCCCUGUGUCUAAAGCAGGUGUACCCAAAAUACGCAAAGCAGUUCAACUACCUGCGGCUGGUGGAGCGCAUCACAGCCCUGUUCAUACGUUUCCUUGGGGUCAAGGGCAACAUGCGUCUGGGGCCCACUGCCUUCCGUACCUUUGUCAGGAACUGCAGGUUGAGCACGAGUAAUUUCUCCAUGGCAUCAGUGGACAUCCUCUACAUAGAUAUCACUCGUCGCUGGUCAGGAUCAUUGUCUGACUCCAAAGAAGCAGGUAUGGGCCUGCAGGCAUUUGUGGAAGCCUUUUUCUACAUGGCAGCUCGCAGGUUCAAAUCCCUGGUACUGAGGGAGCAAGUUGUGUCACUGCUUGAGCUGUGUGAGGCUCAACUACAGUCCCAGUAUGGUGCUGGGAGUCUGGGGCCUGAGGACAGGCGCUCUCUGAGCUGCAGCAGGGCCCUGCCGCGAGGCACCAAGACUCAAUCGUUGGGCCUGACCAACCCCCAUCUUGGCUCCCCAGCUCCUCUUCGAAGGGCAGCUAGCCAGGACUACCGGUUGCAUCAAAGACUCAGGCCUAACGCACUCAGGGCCAAUGUGGACAACUGACCAGAGAGGGCCUCAGUGAGCAGUCCAACGCCUCACCACUGCCUCCGGCCUUCUGUACAGGGAUAGGGACAUUAGGCCUUCAUCUCCUCUCUCCAGCUCCCACAAGGGGGACAUAAAAAGAGCCACGGAAAGGAUUGGCUUGACCCUGUUGGCUGACUUGCAAGAGCACUGUUCUCAGAUUGUUUUUACUUCAGAGGGGGGAGAUUUAGGGUGGAUGGUUUACUUGUUUUUUCCCUCCUUGUGAGGUCAUGUAUGAGCAGAGUGUAAUUCAGUGAGGGAAAUGUACGGUAGGUAAGAGAGUCCAUCACACUGCAAAAUUAGGAAAUGCAAGCAAACACAAAAGACAUGCGCCAACUUUAUUAAAUUGUUUCUCAAGAGGAGACAAUACAGUAAAACAAAAGAAACAAAAAAGGCCAUGAUUUCUGUAAGAAUGAAAAGCACAACAGAUUUAGCAAGAGACAGCCAUUACAAAUAAACAUCCAAGUAGGAAAGGAAAAACAAAAUUAAAGAAAUAAAUAGAAACACCAGUGUAUCAGGUAUUGUAAUCAAUGACAGCUUUAGAUACAUACAGUACAUUUGGUUGUGUUUGGGAUUCAAUCACCUGUGUUUGAAAUGCAUGGGGACCACGAGGAUCUUACGUGAGAGCUUAAUCAAGGAUAGCCAUCCAUUUGUCUAUUCAAGGUUGCCAAAUUUUCAAGAAAAUGUUCCUUUUGGGGAGACUUGCAACAAAGUCUCUCCAAAUGUCGUAUGUUCCCCAGCUCUCUAAGCCAUUGCAGGAAUGGAGGGCUUGCCUCUGCCUUCUGAUGUUGUAAAUAAGGUGUUUGGCUAACGUGCACAGAGGGAGAUGGCUUGCUCGACAUACUUCAUGACUGAAGGAUUUGCCACCAUGGGUCCAAAAUUAGCAAGUGAAGGGUCUGGAGCUACAGAGUCAGACAAAGUAAGAGGUAAGAGAUAGAGAAAGGAGAGGGUGCUUUCACACGUGGCUCGUUUGGAGCAGUUGUUUUGAAACCAGGAGCUUUUCCCCUGCAAAUCGGUUCAUAUGGGCAUGUGCGAACGCAGCAAUUGCACUCUCAGGCGCGACACAACAAGCGAGCUGAAAUCAUCAAUUCCGGUUGAACCCUGGAUUGGUUCCUUUGCAGUGAGAACACAAUCCACUCAGCCAACAGAAACAACUCACUAUUUCCCUCUAAACGUAACUGAGAAAGCAGCAGCUGUAUUGGAGCAUAAUUUUUAGACUGGUGCAACCACGCAUGCACACACACACACGUAGACACACACAAACCAUAAAGCUGAUGAUCCUCAUAGGUCAGAACAGCGAUAAGCAUGUUGAUGUCUUUACAGAUCCUUCUGUGGGAAAACAAAGAGCCCUGAGGUGAAUCCAUCCGGUACGAUUUCUGACCACUGACAGAAAUCAUGACAUUUGUUUACAAAUUUAUCCCACUGUUGAACAUUGCCAUGUGAACACAAAUGAACCAAGGGACAAAUGCAACAAUUGUAUCAUUUUAGCCCCUGAAUCAUGACAAAGCAAAUAAGCUACAUGUGUGAAAGAACCCAGAGAUUAUGUAGUUCACAUGCACCAACUUGGCAUCACACACACAACUGUAGAAAUGCAUUACAAAUUGAGGAAACACAAGAAAAUCAGCCAAACAUUUUGUCUAUCUUGGCAACAUACACGCCAAUACAGAAAUGUGCUGUAAGCAAGAAAACACAAGCGCAAACAGAAAUGCUGCAAAAUGCACAACACAAAAGAAAUAAGGUGCAGUGUUUCCCGAGGACACACUAAUAGGAAAUACCGUGAGGGUGUGCUGAUGGAUUAGGGGAGCUAUCUACUUUUUUCAUUAGGAGAGUUCAUUGUUAACGUUUCUCAGUGUUCCUCAGUUUACAACACAUUUCUAUCUUGCGUGCUUUGUAAAUAGCAUUUGCAGUGCAGUUCUGUAAUACUGUGUGUGCGUGGUCGAGUUGGUACUUAUGUUUUUAGUUUUCAGCGAGGCUCUGUAAUGUUGUAAAUGUGUUGCCAAGUGAUUGCAUAUAUUUUGCCUUUGCUCGCAUUUCUCCAGUGUCCAGUGUGAUGAGCUCUCUCAGCCACCAUAGAAAUGAAUGUGGCAGGAAAGGCCUGUUUUACAUAUACUGUAUACUGUACCUUUUGAUUCAACAGGGCAGCUGUUUGCUUCCCUUCACCUUAAGUCCCACAGGAUAAUAAUACGCACACACACACGUUGGUUUUGCUCUACUUGUGGGGACAUUGUAUUGAUUUACAUUCACUCUCCACAGCCUUUCCCUAAUCUUAGCAAUGACCAGCUUAUGCCUAAAGGAGUGUUCAGACCGAAAGCAAAGCGUGUUUUCGCAUUGCGGACUUGCAUGACUACAGCCACGACUUUUUCGCUCAAGUUGAAAAAUUUCAACUUACACGAAUGACGCGAAUGAUGUGAAUUUCGCGGGUUUGUGUCAUUCGCAAUGUGGAAAUUCACAUCAUUUGUGUUUCCUGCUGUGAAUUUGUGUCUAUUCUCGUCUUUGCAUUGACUUUGUACGUAAUCACAGCGUGUUAAAAACUUGCUUUGUGUUUGGUUUGAACACACCAGAACCCUAACCCUUAACCUAACAGUAAUUCUAACCUUAACCCUAAUCUUGACCAAUAAGCCAGAAUUAGCUUUUUUCCUUUGGGAGGACCACCCAAAAAGUCCUCACAACCCCACAUGUUCUCACAAGAACAGCGGUUUCUCAACAGUUGGUCCUCACAAGUGUAGCGAAACAAGCCCACAUACACACUCACACACACAUACAUCAAAUCACAAACUCUCUUCAGGGAUAACGUCGAAGACUCCAGCUUUUCUGCUGACUACAUUAAAUGCAUACACAUUGUUUUACAGUCUCUUUCUCUCUCUCUCUCUGUUGCUCUCUCUCUCUCUCUCUCUCACACACACAUACAAAAUGGUGUAAGGGCGUGUCCUAAAUGUGUGUAUUAUAUUCCUGUAUUUGCACAGUUUCACUUUUUGAACAAAUAAAUUUGCACAGUUAUGGAUGUAAA